AUGUCCGUGACCGCGAAUCCAACUCCCAUUAUUCGGGACCUCCCACCGCAACACGACAUCCUCACCACCACCGACAUCCUGCCCACUGCCACCGAGCAAGCUCCGCGCAUUCGAAAUCAAGCUCCUGGAAUUCCUGAUCGAAGACGCAGCUUGCGACCAUCUCGCGGAAAGGCAUCCCCGCGUCAGUCGCUCACCAAAAGCACUGGCAUCUCCAUCCGUGUCGCCAUGGCCGAAAGUGAUGGCGACGUCGCGGAGGUCAAGGUGUUGAAGGAAAAGGACGAGAGCGAUGAUGAGAAGCCGUUUGAAGACGCUGCGGAAGAUACCACGACAACGACGACGACAACGACGACGACGACGACGACCGUCGACGAGCCUGCAAAAGAAGCAACCUCUGAGGUUACCGAUACAGAUAUACCUACAGACGCUGCAACUACAUCUCCAACACCUACGCCGAACGCCAACCCCGAGACCGAUGCAGCCCCUGCUGAGCGAAGAUUGUCUGAACAGAGUGCGAACGAGAUGCCGCCGGUAGCCUCCCCGAUGAGCCCUCCCCUCGCCCCCAAGCCAUCGUUGAGUCCCGCCAUCUCAGCCAAGGAAACCCUCCGUUCCCCRUCGMCCACCCGAAUCCCGGUCAUACCGUCUGCCAGCGAAAGUAUGCCGCCGCCUGCACUGCCGUCAAGAGAGGAAGCCUUGUCGACACCGCCGCCACGACCAGACAAUCUUGCGCGGAAAGCUUCAAGCGGGUUUGGGGCAUUGCUAGGCCGCAUGGGCAGCAUCCGCAAGCCUGCACGAUCGCCUCCUGCUCCACGCCCAGCAGCCUCUGGCAUGGAGAGGCGUAGUACCGCUGCUUCAAUGGCCUCGAUGGUUUCAAUGGACGGCAGCAUGGCGGGAAUGAACGACGGCGUCAAGCCCAGCCUGCAGGACCAAUUCUCGUCYCUACGCCGUCAGGGCGAGUUUGGCUCAAAUGACAACACCCGCCCGUCAUCGUCAGAGCAAGAGCAAGAAGCGAUGGGAACAACAGGAGAAGUCAUGCCAGGAAGCCCAAGAAAGAGGGAUAGCGGAUCACGCAUGUCAACGUCUUCGUUCACUGCAAAGUCGCCCACUCGGGCUCCAACCUUGAACAUGAGCUUGCCGCCGGGGACAGCAGCUGGGACGGACGCAGGCCCGGCAGCUGAACCUUCAGAAGUCAAUUGGGAUCUAUGGCAACAAGUGGUAUAUGAGGGUCCUGCGGCCGUGGCUAGAUCAAGUGGAGACGAGCUCACAAAAGCCAUCACCGGUGGAAUUCCGCCAGCGAUCAGGGGUGUCGUAUGGCAAGUGUUGGCCGAGAGCAAGAACGAAGAGCUGGAGAAUGUAUACCGUAUGCUGAAAGCUAGGGGCACAGAUGCGGAUGUCAAACCCACAGCCUCUCGGCCGCAAUCAACCAUUGGCGGUGUCAACGGGAUUGCACAACAUAAAGAUACUUUGACGUCCGAUGCCUCGAGCGACGAAUCCACGCGUUCGGGUGUCAUAUCAGGCCGGGCUAGCCCUCCGGCCACAGAAAUGCCUACAGGACUCAUGGCCGAGAAGCAGAAGCGGGAAGCUGCAUCACUGCAGAAGCUUGAAAAGGCGAUCAAACGAGAUCUUGGCACCCGAACAUCCUACAGCAAAUUCACACAAUCUGCCGGCCUCMAAGACGGGCUGUUUGGCGUGUGUAAAGCUUACGCCCUCUUUGAUGAGGGAGUGGGAUACGCACAAGGUAUCAAUUUUAUCGCGAUGCCCCUGCUGUUCAACAUGAGCGAAGAAGAGGCCUUUACAUUGCUUGUGAGGCUGAUGGCCAAGUAUGAUCUACGGAGCAUGUUCACCCAAGAUUUGGCUGGCUUGCACCUGCGACUGUACCAAUUCGAACGCUUGCUGGAAGCGUAUGAACCGGCUCUAUGUUGCCAUCUUCGAAGACGGAAUGUUAACCCGGAGCUAUACGCCACGCAGUGGUUCCUGACACUAUUUGUGUAUCGAUUUCCGCUACAGCUGGUCUUGCGGAUAUACGAUUUGAUCUUCAGGGAAGGACUCAACGCCAUCUUGAAGUUUGGAGUCGUGCUCAUGCAGCGCAACCGGGAAGCACUGCUUGAAAUGAAUGAUAUGAGCCAACUGACCAACUUCCUCAAGGAGAAGAUCUUUGACGUCUACAUUGACAAAUCGCCUUCUGCGUCUUCAAUCCUCGACUCGGGCUUUUUCGGCUCCGUUAGUGGUGGCGUCGACAAGGAGCUCUACAGGGCCGACGAGAUGGUGCGAGAUGCAUGCGGCAUCCAAAUCACAGACGAAAGUCUGGCGCGAUACGCUGCGGAAUGGGAAGAGCAACGAGCACGCAAUCUCGAAUCGGAGAACUUGCGACUGUCAAAUAUAAAACUUCAUUCCAAAGUACGCGCGCUGGAGGAGCAAGUUCAGCAGCAAGAUGGCGAGCAUGUCUCCAUGGCGCAGGAAUUGGUCAAAUUAAAGGUCGAAAACGAUUCAUUGCAUGACUCCAAGGAAGCGCUGGAAAUGCAAAUCUCUGCGCUGACAAAGGUGGUGGAUACACAACCUGCUGAAGUUGAGGAGCGCCUAAAGGAAGAAAUGGACCGAAUCAUGCAGAGGAAUAUCGAAGUGCAGAAUGAGAAUCGUGCAUUGAGGGAAGAAAUGGACGAGACUGAGAUGGAACUCGUCAAUGCGAAAAUGGCGUAUGCGCAGCUACAAGCAGACCACGACUUGUUGAAGCAAAAGUGGACGGGCGUGGCAGCUCUGCUCAACGAUAAAUGA